AAAAAUAUCCAUGCACUUAACUUUCUAAACAGAGGGAGAGAAAAGAAACACAAGAAAAUGGGGAGAUACAGUUCAUCGUCUAAUCAUCUAAUGAAGAGUCCAAAGGAGGAGCAAGAAGUUCCGGAAUCCGUUCCGGACACCAACUCGUCGAGAAUGACAAAAAAUGAGGAUGAGGAAAUUGAUAUACUGGAUGAAUUAGAGAGUAUUUGGGGAAGUAAUGAUCAAGAGGGAGAUGCAAAUUUACUAGGAGAGAGUGACUUGUAUGGUGAUGACUUAGUUGAGUUGAACUUCAUGGAAUGGGAUGAAUUUAUGGUUAAUAAUGAAGAUGAAGAAGAAUGUGAAGCUGAUGAAGAAUUUUACAAUAUGGGAAUAAAGAACACUAAUGGAUACAUGUUUGAAGAAGAACGGAAUGGUCGAUACGGAGAUAAUAAAGUUAUUAAAAGAGAAGAUUCCGUGUCAUUUGGGUAUGGAGAGGAUGAAGAGAAGAACAUAUCUUUGAAGUUGAAUUUGAAUUAUCAAGAAGUCAUGGAUGCAUGGUCUAAUCGAGGAUCCCUUUGGGCAACCAAUGAUGAGUACAGCUCUCAUUCCGCGGCCAACGCCACCUUCAUGGGAGAAGUGCCGGUAAUGAAAGAAGAAAAAACAAGAAGAGAAGCUAAAGUUCUUAGGUACAAAGAAAAACGUCAAAGUAGGUUAUUUUCCAAAAAGAUCAGAUAUGAAGUCCGGAAACUCAAUGCAGAAAAAAGACCUAGACUCAAGGGAAGGUUUGUAAAAAGAGUUCCAGAGAAGAUAUUUAUGAGAUGACAUUUGAAAAGUAUUUGACAGAGGAAAUCUUUCUUGUGCUCACAAGACUAACUACGGAAUGGGUCAUAAGCCCAUGAGAAAAGCUUAGCAAAUUCCUCUGGGUCCAUUUCUUUUGGGAGGUCUGGUUGAAGCACAAAAAAGAAGCUUCACUUCACUGUCUUCACUCUUCGGUCACAUCACAUGUAAAGCAUGUGAAAAGUCACACACACAAAAAAAAAAUUGAAAAGUUUUCUUAUUUUUUGAGAUAUUUAUCAGAGCAAAAAUAUCUUGGGAAAAAAUCAAGCAAAAAUGUGCUUCUUAUAAAUAAAAGAAAAAGGAAAAUCACAAGUGGAAAGAUAUGGUUGGACCAGAGACAUAUAUCUAUAAGAAUCAAUAAAGAUUUGCUCCUCAUUUUAUUUAAAGUAGUAUCUGAAAGAUUUUCUCAAAAAAUGAUUGUAUUUUGUUACUUUGGCUUAAAUUGAAUUUCUAGGUUCUAGUUUCUUUUUGAUGGGAUCUUUGACCCAAUGCAUGAGUGCAUGGUUGGCUUAUCAGAUUUUUCUCGUUUGAAAAUUGAUGAAA